AUGUGGGAUGCUGCACACCCGAUUGCGACGUCCAGUGCAAUGCCUAUGACAACCACUUUUGGGAGGAGGCUUGGAGAGCACAACCUCGACGGCGAGUGGAUGUACGAAGAUCUGGAUGCAUCGGCAUUUGCUGAUGCAGGCUCACAGCCAAGACGGCUACAAGGGACAAACCCUAGCAUGCCCACCACCACAUCUACAACAGUUGUGCCUGCAACGGAAAUGUCCUGCUACCAGGACCUGACAGAGGCACAGCAGGAUGCAGUUCGCACGUUGGCGUACAGCAUUACGACCUGGCACUUGUGCAAGAACCCGUCUUGCUCCUGGCCCGAGGGUGUCCCAGCGCCCAAUGCGCCCUGCCUUGAGGUUCUUGCGUGGUUCGAUUCCUCGUUGUAUUCCCGGAGUUGGGUUGACCUGACGGAGUCGAAACGUGAAGCCCUAGAACUGCUUGGAUGGGCGAGCUCUCGCUGGGUGGAGAUGGACUAUCCGCUAUCCUACGCUCAGCUUUGGAGCGAACUACUACCCAGACAGCAAGAAGCCGCUACUUUCCUCGGCUACAAUGUGGAGGUCUGGGAAAGAUGCGAAAGGGCAGCGCCGUGCAUCACUCGCCUAGAGCUGCUGGAGACGAAAUGGAGCACCAUCGCUUGGCGGGAGAUGCAGCAGCCAUUUCAAGACAGGCUGAUGGAGCUUGGUUACGAUGAGAAGCGAUGGACAAAUGGUGAUGGAGCCACCUUGAAGAAGGCUUAUGUGGAUCUCACUGAUGCUGAGACGAUUUCCGUCAGACUGGCAGGAUAUGUUUCGGACACUUGGGAUGGAUGCCCUGGUGCUCAGUGUGAAGAGCGCUUUAGUUACUUGAAGAGAAAGUACAGCGACAUCCAAUGGAGUGCUCUGACUGUUGCCGAGCGGCGUGCUUGGCAACUUCUUGGCCACAGCGAGCACCUCUGGUUGGGCGGCAUGAUGAACACCGUCACCAUGCAGUUGACGUGGGAUGAGUUGUCUCUGGAGCAGAGAGCGCAGGCAGAGUUCCUUGGUUUCUCCAUGGGCACCUGGCAGGGCUGCAACGACAAUUGG